CUGCAUGCUCAGAGGAAGCGUGAGCAGCUGUCCCCACUGAGGGACAAGUGCCACGGGCUGGGCACGGUGCAGCCGCAGCACCAACAUGGGCACUGCUGAGGGACUGCGAUCUGCUGGGAGGACAUGGACUCUGGGCUCUUGUGGCACCUACCUGGGCAUCGCUGCCAUUACAUGGGGGAUGGUGCUGUGGGUGGAGGUGGAUGCCUGGACUUACCACUACAGUGACCAAGGGGACUACACGUGGGAGCAGGCCAGGAAUUUCUGCCAGACCUUCUUUACUGACCUGGUGGCAAUCCAGAACCAGCAGGAGAUCGAGUACCUCAACAAGAGUCUACCCUACCAUGGGCGCUACUACUGGAUUGGCAUUCGCAAGCUGGGCAGUACCUGGACCUGGGUGGGCACCCAGAAGGCGCUGUCCAAGGAGGCAGAGAACUGGGCAGAGGGGGAGCCCAACAACCGCCGCUCCAACCAGGACUGCGUGGAGAUCUACAUCCAGCGGCCACAGCAGUCCGGCAAGUGGAACGAUGAGCCCUGCAACCGGAAGAAAAAGGCACUGUGCUACCGGGCCUCCUGCCAGCCCUUCUCGUGCAGCCAGCGUGGCGAGUGCGUUGAGACCAUUGGGAGCUACCGCUGCGAGUGCUACCCUGGCUUCCACGGCCCUGAGUGCGCAGAUGUUCUGCAGUGUGCCAAGCUGGAGCCCAAGGGAGUGCCCAUGAACUGCAGCCAUCCCUACGGAGACUUCAGCUACAACUCCACCUGCGAGUUUGGGUGCCACAAGGGGUUUGAGCGGCAAGGGGCGGGCGUGCUGCGGUGCCUGCCUUCCCAGGAGUGGUCAGCAAACAUUCCCACCUGCACAGCUGUCACCUGCCCAGUGCUCAGAGCACCAGACCAGGGAGAGAUGAACUGCUCCCACCUCCAUGGGGACUUCAGCUUUGGCUCCACAUGUGCCUUCUCCUGCCAGAAGGGGUUUGUGCUGAUGGGGCCAGAGAGCCGUGAGUGCACAGCCACAGGGAUCUGGACAGGGGAUGCAACAAGAUGUGAAGCCACUGCCUGUCCAGUGCUCAGUGCUCCAGACCAGGGGGAGAUGAACUGCUCCCACCUCCAUGGGGACUUCACCUUUGGCUCCACAUGUGCCUUCUCCUGCCAGAAGGGGUUUGUGCUGAUGGGGCCAGAGAGCCGUGAGUGCACAGCCACGGGGAUCUGGACAGGGGAUGCAACAAGAUGUGAAGCCAUCAGCUGCCCGGUGCUCAGUGCUCCAGACCAGGGAGAGAUGCACUGCUCCCAGAUCCAUGGCAAUUUCACCUAUGGAUCCAUGUGUGCCUUCUCCUGCCAGACAGGAUUUGCCUUGGUGGGGCUGCAGAGCCGUGAGUGCACAGCCUUGGGGACCUGGACUGGGGACACACCACACUGUGAAGCUGUUACCUGUCCAGUGCUCAGAGCACCAGACCAGGGAGAGCUGAACUGCUCCCACCUCCAUGGGGACUUCAGCUUUGGCUCCACAUGUGCCUUCUCCUGCCAGAAGGGGUUUGUGCUGAUGGGGCCAGAGAGCCGUGAGUGCACAGCCACGGGGAUCUGGACAGGGGAUGCCCCACGCUGUGAAGCCGUUACCUGUCCAGUGCUCAGAGCACCAGACCAGGGAGAGAUGAACUGCUCCCACCUCCAUGGGGACUUCACCUUUGGCUCCACAUGUGCCUUCUCCUGCCAGAAGGGGUUUGUGCUGAUGGGGCCAGAGAGCCGUGAGUGCACAGCCACAGGGAUCUGGACAGGGGAUGCAACAAGAUGUGAAGCCAUCAGCUGCCCAGUGCUCAGUGCUCCAGACCAGGGAGAGAUGCGCUGCUCCCACCUCCAUGGCAAUUUCACCUAUGGAUCCAUGUGUGCCUUCUCCUGCCAGACAGGAUUUGUCUUGGUGGGGCUGCAGAGCCGUGAGUGCACAGCCUUGGGGACCUGGACUGGGGACACACCACACUGUGAAGCUAUUACGUGCCCGGUGCUCAGAGCUCCAGACCAGGGAGAGCUGAACUGCUCCCACCUCCAUGGAGACUUUACCUUUGGCUCCUCGUGUGCCUUUUCCUGCCAGACAGGGUUUGUGCUGAUUGGGUCAGACAGACGCAAGUGCACAGCCACAGAGACAUGGACAGGGGAUGCCCCACGCUGUGAAGCCAUCAAAUGCUCAGCACUGACCACCCCCAAGAUGGGCCAGGCCACCUGCUUCCAUCUCCAUGGGGACUUCACCUUUGGCUCCACGUGUGCCUUCUCCUGCCAGGUGGGGUUUGUGCUGAUGGGGUCAGAGAGCCGUGAGUGCACAGCUCUGGGGACCUGGACUGGGAACCCCACACAUUGCAAAGCCAUCAGCUGCCCAGUGUUGUCCCCCCCCAGCAGAGGCCAACUCAGCUGCUCUCAGCUGCACGGGAACUUCACCUACAACUCCACAUGCACCUUUUCCUGUGAGGAGGGGUUUGUUCGGAUGGGAGCAGAGAUGCUACAGUGUGAGGCCACGGGGAACUGGACCAGGGAUCCCCCUGUCUGUGCAGAGGAUGGUGCCUUCCUAAAGCAAGUCCUGGCUUACAGCAGCAGCUCGGCUCUGGCAGUAGCUGGUCUUGUGCUCUCUGGAGGGCUCAUUGCCCUCCUUGCCAAGAGGCUCAGUGACAGAGAGGAGAAGAGGAAGCUUCUGAAACCCACCAGUGACCUGGGAGCACCAGGCACCUUCACCAAUGCAGCAUAUGAUGCCAACCUGUGAGCCUGCCCGAGACUGAAACCCACUGUGUCCCCCAGGGCUGCAGGCCCAGCUGCUGGAACUGCUGAUGGAGCACAGAGGGACUCCAUGCCUGUGGGUGUAGCCUGGACCAGAGCUGCCCCUGGACACUGCCACCAUGUGCAGCAUUCCCCGGGAAGGGGAGCUGCCUCCAGUGCAGGCAGCUGGAGACCCACCAGGGGCCAAAAGCCACGUGCUAGGGGCAGCCUGCCAACCAGCCCUUGGACAUUCUCCCACCAGGAAUUUGGAUAUUUCCCAGUAGCUGCUGCACUCAUGCUUCCAUCCAUGAGCUUGUGUCAGCGGGGUUUGAAUAAACGCCUUUGUCUAA